AUGCUCCAAGACAAUUCAUAUCCGCACAUUCUUUCCUGGGGACCAAGUGGCGAGACAUUUGUUGUAAAGGAACCGAGUAAAUUUGCACAACGAGUUCUUCCCAAACACUUUAAACAUUCAAAUUUUUCGAGCUUCGUUCGUCAACUGAACAAGUAUGACUUUCAUAAAAUACGCAAUGCAGAAGAUGGUAAUCGUUCAAACGGAAACCAGUCUUGGGAAUUCCGUCAUUCUAACUUCAAAUUCAACCAAAAACAUCUCUUAGAAGCUAUAAAG